UCAAUCUAUCUUGAUCUGUUGCCUCUUGUACCUGCGCAGAUGACCGUCUGAACUGUCUGGAACUCUGCUGCCCUGGAACAAGAAAACAGAGAUAGGGAGAGUGACUCGCGAUGGCUUCCAAGCGGAAGGCCGCUGCAAUGUCCUCGGCCGCUCCCGAGGAGCCCGUCGACCCGGCCGACGAGCUGAUGUUCCUGUGUCUGGGCGGCGGCAACGAGGUCGGCCGUUCAUGCCACAUCAUCCAGUACAAGGGGAAGACCGUCAUGCUGGAUGCUGGUCAACACCCGGCCUAUGACGGGCUAGCAGCGCUCCCCUUCUUCGACGACUUCGAUCUCAGCACCGUGGAUGUGCUCCUUAUCAGCCAUUUCCACAUCGACCAUGCGGCCUCAUUACCAUACGUCCUGGCCAAGACGAACUUCCGCGGCCGCGUCUUCAUGACCCACCCCACCAAGGCCAUCUACAAGUGGCUGAUCCAGGACAGCGUUCGCGUCGGCAACACGUCGUCGAACCCGACGACCCAGCUCGUGUACACCGAGCAGGACCACCUGAACACCUUCCCCAUGAUCGAGGCCAUCGACUACCACACCACCCACACCAUCUCAUCUAUCCGCAUCACCCCCUAUCCGGCCGGCCACGUCCUCGGCGCCGCCAUGUUCCUGAUCGAGAUCGCGGGGCUCAACAUCCUCUUCACCGGCGACUACUCCCGCGAGCAGGACCGCCAUCUGGUGUCGGCCGAGGUGCCCAAAGGUGUCAAGAUCGACGUGCUCAUCACCGAGUCGACCUACGGCGUCGCUUCCCACAUCCCGCGCCUGGAGCGCGAGCAGGCGCUGAUGAAGUCCAUCACCGGCAUCCUCAACCGCGGCGGCCGCGUGCUCAUGCCCGUCUUUGCUCUAGGCCGCGCGCAGGAGCUGCUCCUCAUCCUCGACGAGUACUGGGGCAAGCACAAGGAGUACCAGAAAUACCCCAUCUACUACGCAAGUAACCUCGCCCGCAAGUGCAUGCUGGUCUACCAGACCUACGUCGGCGCCAUGAACGACAACAUCAAGCGCCUCUUCCGCGAGCGCAUGGCCGAGGCCGAGGCGUCGGGCGACGCCGCAGGCAAGGGCGGGCCCUGGGACUUCAAGUUCAUCCGCUCGCUCAAGAGCAUCGACAGGUUCGACGACGUCGGCGGCUGUGUCAUGCUGGCCAGCCCCGGUAUGCUGCAGAACGGCGUGAGCCGAGAGCUGCUCGAGCGGUGGGCGCCGAGCGAGAAGAACGGCGUCAUCAUCACGGGCUACAGCGUCGAGGGCACCAUGGCCAAGCAGCUCAUGCAGGAACCCGAUCAGAUCCAGGCCGUCAUGACGCGGAGCUCGGCCGGCGGGAGGCGAGCGCCCGGAGGCGACGCCGAGAAGGUCAUGAUUCCUCGCCGCUGCACCGUGCAGGAGUUCUCGUUCGCCGCUCACGUCGACGGCACCGAGAAUCGGGAGUUCAUCGAGGAAGUCGGCGCUCCGGUGGUGAUCCUUGUCCACGGCGAGGUGCACAACAUGAUGCGGCUCAAGUCCAAGCUGCUGUCGCUCAACGCAAACAAGACAGAGAAGGUCAAGGUCUACAGCCCGCGAAACUGCGAGGAGCUCCGCAUCCCCUUCAAGACGGACAAGACGGCCAAGGUGGUCGGCAAGCUAGCCUCGAUCCCGCAGCCCAUGAAGAUGCCCAAGGACGACAAUGCCCAAGAGCCGCAGCUCAUCACGGGCGUGCUGGUCCAGAACGACUUCAAGAUGUCGCUGAUGGCGCCCGAGGACCUGCGCGAGUACGCCGGCCUCACGACCACAACCAUCACCUGCAAGCAGCGCCUCCGGCUGACCGCCGCCGGCAUCGACCUGAUCAAGUGGGGUCUCGAGGGCACCUUCGGCAGCAUCGAGGAGCUGCCCGAGGCCAAGCGGCACCACGAGAACGGCACGAACGGCGACAAAAAGGACUACAGCAAGAUGGACGAGGACGUGGACGAGGAGUACCCCAUCGACGAGGUCGUCGCCGCCUAUCUCGUCAUGGGCUGCGUGACCGUCCGCUACCGCACCAGCGGCGAGGUGGAGCUCGAGUGGGAGGGCAACAUGCUCAACGACGGCAUCGCCGAUGCCGUAAUGGCCGUGCUCCUCGGCAUCGAGAGCAGCCCCGCCGCAGUGAAGCGGUCCGCAAGCAAACACUCCCACUCCCACGCCACCGACUCCUCCUCCUCCAUCACCCUCCCCACCCGCAACCUGCACGCCAACCUCACCCCGGCCGACCGCCUGGAGCGCCUCAUGCUCUUCCUCGAAGCCCAGUUCGGCGCCGACAAUGUCUCGCCCAUCGCCGAGCCCAAGCUGCCCUCGCCGCCCCCCUCCCCGCCAGCACCCACCACCACCUCCUCCUCGCCCUCCCCCUCCGCCACCUCCUCCAACGGCGCCGCCUCCAUGGACGUAUCCGACGACGACAACGACCAGCAGCAGCGCGAACAGAGCAAACAACAACAACAACUAGAACAGCAGCAGCAGGCCGAGCUGGCGCGCCUGCACAAGCUGGGCAUCCCCGUGCCGGGCGUGCGCAUCAAGGUCGACAAGAUGGAGGCGCGCGUCUGGCUCGAGGGCCUCGAGAUCGAGUGCGCCAACAAGGUCUUUGCCGACCGCGUGCGCGCCGUCGUCGAGAGGGCCGUCGAGGUUACUGCGCCGCUGUGGGGGUAAUAGCCGCUGUGGGAGUAGUAGGCGGGGAAGAGGGACGGAGGGAAUGGCUGGCUGGCUUCGGAUACGGAUGUCUAUCG